AUGCCGCGGAGCGGUCUCGCCUGUUGGCCUGCCAUCCUGCUGGCACUCGCCGCACUCUCGGGCGCCAUCGCCUCCGACGCCCAGCAGUGCCCACCCGAGGAGGAGGAGGGGGCGGCCUCGCUGGUGCAGAUGCCGCUCGGCCGCUCGCGCGGGCAGGGCCAGGGGCCGAUCGCGGCGCUGCGCACCGUGGGCCAAGAGUGGUACGUGCAGCGCCAGCAAUGUGGUGGUUACUCGGAAGUGUUCUGGGCCGGAGACUGCCAGACAGCAGUGGACAAUCCGAUGUGGUCCGUGAAGUUCUCGUGCCCCUCGGGUGUGUCCGGGGAUAUCAGUAGCCAGCUCUUCUUCAACGAGGACUGUAGCGGGUCGCCACAAACGAACUCUAUUGCACAAGGCGUGUGCGUGGAAGGCGCAAUGGGCCCAAGUUACAAGUACACUUGUGUCGGCGGAUUCGGCUACAGGCACCACGGCGGGCCCUGGUUCCCAGUGCUUCGAAGCUGA